CCUCAACCUGCAAAAACAGCUAUUGACCUCCUGUCAAAUGAGCUGCCCACUUCUGCACAAUCACGCCAUAGGAAUCAUCGGUGUGGUCUGGGCCACCUUCGUGUCGAGAAUCUGGCGAAUGGUGCCGGGGCGCGUUCCUACUAUCUGGGCGGUCCUCUAGCUUGGCUCGAGGCUGGCCUCGUCCGUCUGGCAAUUGAUCGACUUUUGGCUUCUGGUUUCCGGCUUGUUGGGGUUCCUGACCUAGUGCCUGCAGGCGUCAUAGAUGCAACCGGCUUCCAAACAACCGGUGAAAGGAAUCAAGUAUGCACAUGA